UCUUUGUUUAAUCUGACAACCGACAAUCCAUUGCUAACAAUGAGAUAAACACACAGCAAGCAAAUUAUUUUGUUAAAUAGAAAAACAUGUCUAUUGAAGCCAGAUAUUAAAUUUGCGACCGCCAGCAAGAAACUCAUAUUCGCAAAAGGCCUCUUAGAUGAACAUACAAUGUCCACAAAACUACAAACAACCAGAUGGGCCUUUGACUUGAGCACUUGGUCACCCAAUGUGGCACAAUUAGCUCAGGCCAUUGCUGCUGUACAGACCGAGGAAAGACUCCGUCUAAUAAAAUUUUAUUUUAUUAAUGAUUUUCUUGCUUCAUUGGUGGGACGAUUGCUAAUGCGUAAAUAUGUGAGUCAGUGUGGACAGUUGCCCUAUCAUGAAGUAAAGUUCUCCCGGGAUGCCAGAGGGAAACCUUAUUGGUUGACCCAUCCCGACGGACAACAAACCUCUGAGCACCGCCAAUUGAGUUUCAAUGUUUCGCAUCAAGGUAGUUUUGUUAUUUUGGCGGGUGUACAUGGUGUGGGCCAUGAAGAAGACAUUGGUAUCGGUUGUGAUGUCAUGAAGUUGGAAUACUCCGGCGGAAAGGACCUAAAAGAAUUUUUUCGAAUUAUGCACCGAAAAUUUGCCGAUUCGGAAUGGCGCUACAUAACUAGGUCAAAUUUCAAUCAUCAGCAACAGCUGAAAGCUUUUAUGCGUCACUGGUGUCUAAAGGAAGCUUACGUGAAAGAAUUGGGUGUUGGAAUUACAGUUGAUUUACAAAAAAUAGCCUUCUCAGUGGACAAUGAUAACGAGCUGGAUGUUGAUUCGUCACCGUUGCAAGGCACCACAUUGAAAUGCAACGAUGUUUCCAUGAACAAUUGGUAUUUUGAAGAACACAUGCUACAUCCAAAGUAUUGUGCUGCCAUAGCAUUUAGAAAUUAUAAACCAGAAAUUGCGGAAAAAUUUGUCUUUUUAAAAGUUGAAGAUAUACUGGAACCAAGUGAACUGGCGGAUAACUCAGAAAUUAUAGAAUAUUGCCGAGAAGUGCUAAGGAAACAACGGAAAUGAUAUGAAAACUUACGAAUAUUUAAACAUAAAUCGAAGCAUUUCCUCGAAGGUGCAAAUAUAAAUUUAUUUUACUUAGUUUGUUAUUUCUUUUUAUUUGUCUCGGUCGUAUACACCUGGUAUGCAUUUUUUAAAACCAUUUAUUUUGUAAUAUUAACAAAUAUAACUCCAAAGCGAGUUCGAGCUUGGCAUACUACUCACAACUAUCACUAUAGCAAUGGGAUUUGUUUACUAUGUAAUUUAUCGUCAUUAUGAACCACAGAGCAAUAAAAUUGUAAUAAAAACUAUGCAAAUAUAGUGGCAA